GCUAAUUAACUCUAGUAUGAGUAGCAAAUCUAACUUGUAAAUUUUUAAGAUAAGAAAACGAUUAAUCUUCCAAUUAACGAUAUUUCAGUUAUUUUCACUUUUUUAAUUAUAUAUAUAUAUGCAGGAUUUAUAGUUCAGCCUCUAAAAAUUAAAUGUCUCUAGUAGAUGUUGAGUCUUGGGUUACUGAACAUGACUCUUGCGAACGUCUUGGCCAUGUUAUUACAGCCCAGUUAGUAGAACGUGAUCGCCAAAAACCUUUAUCUACUGAAUACUCUAAUAUAUCUGCAAACAUUCGCCUAAGACUAAGACAAUUUGAACUAGAAUUGAAUGAAUUAUUUUUAAAAUUAAAUACAGCUAAUAAAAAAAAAUCCAUCACUGUAGAAGAAGUAGAACGCAGGCGAAGGCAACUUGAGAUUUUGCAAUCUUCUUUUAACCAUGUUCAGGCCAAGUUUUUAAAAUCAGAGGGUACGAGUACUUCUAAAAUGACUGAAGAACGAAAUCAGCUCUUGGGAAAUAAAAGAUCUGUAUGGCAAGGAGACGAUGGCGACGACGAUGAUGACGAUGAACCAAUUAUAAGCAAUUUACCGUCUAAUUACAGUUAUAAAGAUUUUCGCCAGGAACAAAAAAGUAUUUUAGAAAGCCAAAAUAAAGGCCUUGAAGCUCUGUCAGCCACAAUUUCAAGACAAAAACAAUUAUCUACAAGACUUGGCCAAGAAAUAGGGGUACAAAAUGAUAUAAUCGACAAUAUAGCAGAAAAUAUGGAUGGAAUAGAUGUUAGAGUAAUAAGUGCUACAAGAGAUAUAGGUUCUAUCAACCAGAGAGAUACAACCUGUUGCUACUGGAUUAUAAUCAUUAUUCUCUUUAUUGCCAUUUGCGUAAUGGCUUUAGUUUUCUAAAAAAACCUAUAAUUUAAUACCAUUAUUUUAAAACUUGCAUUUUUGAUUAUUGUAUAUAUAAAUUUUAACUAAAAAUAUAAUUUUUUGAUUUAAUAAAAAAGUUUAAAUAUGCUUAAAAUUAAAGUUUAAAUAUGCAUUGGCUUAAUACCAUGUUAUCUAAGGUGCAAACCAAUUUUACGUAAGUUACAAUCAAUUGUGAUAAAACAUGAUUUAUUCUUGAAUUGUU